AGAUCGUGUUUUGGAAGCAGCAGAAUCAAAAAGAGUGAAAUAAUUGAAGGAAGCGCCCAAGAAAUUCCUCAGCCUUCCCUUUUUACUGCUGCAUCCCUUAAUCCUCUCUUCUCCCUAUAUUUUCUCUCUUCUUCCUUAUACCUCGCGUUUCAAUUGGGCCAGAUUUCCCACCGCCUUUCAAUACUGCCAAAUUGCAUUCGCCUUUUCUUGAGCUACCGCUUCAAUUGAUCGUCUACAUUGAACAUUUCAAUCUCGCGUUUCUCCAUCGGUUGAUGCCUCAUUGCUUCGCAAUUCUCUAAUGGAAUCGUUCUGGACGGCCAAUGGCGUCCCCGACGUUUCUCAUUUUGCCGUCGCUUUCUGCUUCGUGUUCUUCUUCUUCGCCGCAAGGGCUUUCCUCGACAGAUUCAUUUUUCGCAGACUGGCAGUGAGGUUGGUGACCAGAGGUACUGGUCAGUCGAAAUGGAGUAAGGAGACGAGCACAAAGAUCGCCAAAUGUGCGGAGUCCAUGUGGAAGUUUGCGUACUAUGGUACUGUUGAGUUUUGUGUUUUGGCAGCUAAUUACCAGGAACCAUGGUUUACAGAUGUGAAAGAAUACUUUACAGGCUGGCCUGAUCAAGAACUUAAGCUUUCUGUGAAACUUAUCUACAUGUGCCAGUGUGGAUUCUACCUCUAUAGCAUUGCUGCCCUCCUUACCUGGGAAACUCGAAGGAAGGAUUUCUCUGUCAUGAUGUCACAUCAUAUCGUGACCGUCAUCCUAAUUUCUUAUUCAUACAUGACAAGGUUCUUCCAGAUAGGAAUUGUAAUUCUUGCAUUGCAUGAUGCAAGCGAUGUAUUCCUUGAAGGUGCUAAAAUUUUUAAAUACUCAGGAAAAGAGCUAGGAGCUAGUGCAUUUUUUGGUUUGUUUGCCAUAUCAUGGCUUGCGCUAAGGCUUAUAUACUUCCCAUUUUGGGUCAUCAGGUCAUCAAGCUACUAUUUGUGUCGAGUCCUGAACCUGUCACAGACGUCCCAUGCAAUAAUGUACUAUAUCUUCAACACAAUGUUAAUCACUCUGCUGGUUUUCCACAUUUACUGGUGGUUCCUCAUAUGUUCAAUGAUAAAAAAACAACUAAACAAUAGAGGAAAGGUUGGGGAAGACAUACGAUCAGACAGCGAAGAUGAUGAUUGAUGAGUAGGUUAGGUUGGAGAUGACCCCGCUUCAAGACCUUGUGAAAAUAUGGAUUGUUCGAUGAAGGUUUGUUCAGCAGAACUUUCGUGACUCGUAUUCUCCAUUGUUGUAGUAGACUAGUAGGGUUAGAUAGGGGAUUCUUGCAUUUAAAGAGAAGAAAAAAAACUUGGUAGAAUUUUCUUGUGUGGCAUUGUGAAUUUAAUUCCAGGCAAGUGAAUGUAUUGUUUUGGGACUAUGGUUACAAAAGUAGUUGUAAAUACUUCCUAUGCUAUUACUCCAUUAGACAUGUAACUAACACUAUAUCGAGAGAAUAAUAAACUACCAUAUCAUUAGGAA